AGUAAUGUGCACAUGUGUGCGGGGUUGCUGUAGUGUGUUCAAUACCGUGCUCUAGGGCCCCUACCAGGAACUGCAUUUCACACUCAGUCUAGAAAACGUAAACUGUCUUUACGGUAUAAUAUUACAAGUCUUCUGUUUCAACUGUCUGCAUACUACAUUCCAAACUUUGUAACUACAAACCUGUCAUUUACUAUUACUAUAAGAAAAUGAAUUGUAAGAAAGAAACCAUGCACACAAAUUACAUCGACUAUAGAGACUUUUUGGAAUUAAGUGAACAAUAUAGAGAAAAAAUCUUUGAAUUCUUUACAAGGGAUAAUCUUUCUGAUGAGGAAACGGAUUCUUUGUACGGACUUCAAAACUUAAAACCACCAGAAGUCACCAGUGUUCUAAUUGAUGAUGAUUUUAAUACUUUGCACAACCUCCUAAAGAAUAUGUCGGACUUGACAGGCUUGAUUCUUAUAAUGUCGCAAAACCACGUGAAACACUAUGGAACUGGUUUCAUUGUGAAAAUAAGAAGACAAAUAAAUGGUCAAUGUCCUUGUCCUGACCAGGAGAGUCACAAUGAAUUGUGCACAGAACACGCAAUAGUUACAGUUUCAACGGCGUAUCACAUCUUUAGUGGAGAGAAUGAGACGGACGUGCGUAGGUAUAAAGAGAUUGAUGGAAUAUGGAACGAAUAUAAAACUCAAUUGAAACUUUAUUAUAAUGGCGAUGAGGACAAAUCAUUGGAGGAAAUCAAAGAAUGUACCAAGUUCCCGACAUUGUAUGGUCAUAAACUGAUAGAGAUGGACAAAGAUUUAGACUAUGAUUGUGACUGGUGUGCUAUAGAAUGUGUGACUCAUGACACGAAACUUAUUAAAAAAUUAGAAGGAACAUUGUCACAAUAUCAAUCAGGAUUAAAGGAACUCUAUAACUUGUCCCUCACGAAGUACACAGAUGUUGAUAUGGUUGUUAUAAUCGGGCAUCCACACAACUGGUCAUUGAGAUUCAGCUUCGGAAACACAGUGUGUCCAAAUAAAGAGGAACUCAAAGUGAUCAGGUCAAACCAGCUUUGGUGCCGGUACUAUUAUGAUAAUCUUACUUGUAAAGGAAGCAGUGGUUCUCCUAUUUUUAAAUGGGGGCAGUCGAUGUCAGGAUUUGGAUAUUGGUUUGGACAUUCACACAAUCACUCAGAAGGUAACAAUGAGGAUGAAAAAGGUGGGAAAAGCACGAUAGGAGUUGAAAACAUUGUUUAGUCUCUUUGUUCUAUACGUAACGUAAAGCCUAUUCUUUUUUAUCUUUUAACAUAGGCUAUAUAUAGAACCUAAUUUGACUACUUUCCAAGUCUGUCUUGUGUUAUGAUAGUUUCUUGAAAUAGGGUUCAGGAUACAGCACCAGAUGAGAACGAAAAGGAGACAAAUCCUUUCAAAGAGGACACACACGAACUCACAAAAAAAAGACUUACAAUGUAUUUGAUAUGUCAGUAAAUUCUGUAAAACUUCAAGAAUUUCUCGAACCUUUCGGUGAAGUUUAUCAUUCCUGUAAACAUGACCUACAUUUGAAAAUCCGUGCUCAUUCUGCUUAGAACAUACUUGGCGAGAAAAUCAGUAGAGAGUCUAUUUCUCUCUUAGGUCUCUAUGUGCGCUGUGCAGCCUAAACGGUCUUUUAACUUGAGCACUAUGCCCAGAAUGGCAAAAGAAAUAAUCAAAUAUCUUGAGAAGCUUUGAAUAACAGGUUUCUUUUAAAAAGCCCUAAAGAUGCGAAUGUUUACGAAGAAGGCUAUCAAGGAAGUUUUCAACACUCUGCUGUUUAAAUCAGACGUUAUGAAAGUAUGGAGCGAUAUCAAACAAGCAAAUGGCAGUAAACAACAGAGUGAUCGUCUGACUUUUUCACACUUUAGACCAUAACCUAGCGGAAGGAAAAUACAGAUCCAAAAAGGAGGAUUUGUCCUCCAUUAGCCGGACGUUUGGUAAGCCUUGCCUUGAAUCCUACAUCAAUAACAUCCAUACUCAAUUUCUUGAGGUACAUUAAGAAGAUAUUUAAACCAUUACAUUCGAUAGUGUCUUUUUAGUUAAUGACAGCAUAAAAAGCCGGACAUUUUCACACCUUAGGCCGAUUCCGGACGGAGGAAGAGACCUCAAAUAGAAGGAUAUUUCCUCCUAUUUCUAGACGUCUGUAAGACCCUAACCCACAUACAGAUCCAAAUAAAUGCACGAGACAUUCAGCAAGAAAAAAAAAACAACAACAAAAAAAACAA